GUGAUACUGGCCAAGGAGCAAGAGCAUGGAUAAAACAAAUUUUGAAUCAAGACAUGGCUUUCCAACAUAUAAAAGUAAUUUACCCAACGGCUCCUGCCAGGCCAUAUACACCUAUGAAAGGAGCCCUUUCCACUGUGUGGUUUGACAGGUAUAAGAUCUCUAAUGACUGUCCAGAACACAUUGAAAGUAUUGAUUCUAUGUGCCGGGGACUUACAGACCUGAUCAAUGAUGAGAUGAAAAAUGGCAUUGCAAAGAGUAGAAUACUAAUAGGAGGCUUUUCAAUGGGAGGUGGAAUGGCAAUGCAUCUGGCAUAUAGGUUUCAUCAAGAUCUGGCAGGAGUCUUCGCUUUGUCUAGCUUUCUUAAUAAAGACUCUGCUGUUUACCAGGCUUUGAAAGGAAACAAAAGUGUUCUUCCAGAAUUAUUUCAGUGUCAUGGGACUGCCGAUGAACUAGUUCUGUACUCAUGGGGUGAAGAGACCAACAAGAUGCUAAAGUCACUGGGAGUAUCAACAUCACUUCACACUUUUCCGAACCUUAAUCAUGAAUUAAGCAGAACUGAAAUAGAAGAGCUGAAAACCUGGAUUGUAAAGAAAUUACCUGUUGAAUGAGGAAAGACAAACAAAUAAAAGAAGAUGCAGCUUUCA